GCCUUCCGGGGGCGGGGCGGAGCGGCUGCCGCUCCCCGGCGGAGCCUCCCCGCUGUUCUCCCGGCCGCUGCGCCGGUUGUGUUUCCCCGUUUCCUGGUCGCCGCGGCUCCUCCGCCCUCGCAUGGCGGAUGGGAGGCGCGGCAGGGACCGGGUGCCGCCGGCGCUGCUGGGCGGCCCCUUCGGCGCGCGGGGGGCCGAGACGGAGGCGGAGUCGGCCGAAGAGGAGGUGGUAGUGGCGGCGACGCCGCUGCGAAUGCCCUCGGUGCCGUCGACGUCGUCCUUGCGCGGCGGCGGAGGGGUCGCCUGGCCCAGCCGCUUCGUCCUCUGCCUCUACGCCGUGGGCUUCCUGGUGAGCUGGGCCUCGGCGGGCAAGGAGGCCGGGGGAGACCCCGGGGCCGGCAGGCGAAGCCCCCUGAGGGGGUCGGGGAGAGAGAGAGAGGAGAGACCUCUCUCAGAAAAAAACACCCCCCUUGAACUCGUGCCUCCCGAGGAGAAUGCACUCUGCACAUGUUCAGAGGCGCGCGCGCGCACUGCACCGCUGGCUCCUCGCCAGCUAUAAAUCCUGCCACUAAAAAAACAGUCUUUUCUUCCCCCAAACUUGGGCCUCCCACCUGCUUUUGGACUACAGUUUCCCUCAUCGUCCCUGACUGCUGGCUAGGGAUGGCAAUGUUUUAGGAACAAAAUAAAAAAUAAAAUUCCUUCCAGUAGCACCUUAGAGACCAACUAAAUUUAUUGGUAUGAGCUUUCGUGUGCAUGUGCACAUGCCAUAAACAUAGCUGUCAACUUUCAGAUUUGAAAAUAAGGGAUCAGCAGCCUCGCCUGUCCCGGGGACAGUCUACGGGAUAUCUAACAAUCCGGGAUAUCAGCGGGAAACAGCACUGGAAUAAGGGAAUUUCCUGCAAAAAAAAGGAAGGUUGACAGCUAUGGCCAUAAGCACCAAAUGUACACGGCCGUUUGGAACACAGAAAUAAAGAAAAGUCAUCAAAUCUAGCAUGCGGGGUAGGGGGGCGCCUAAGUUAUAUAAUUCAGCAUUUGAAUGAUUGGUAUAAGUAACUAUUAUAAUUUGGUGUUGUUAUAAUGAGGCUAUUAUUGGAUUGUAAUUGAAAAUUAAUCAAAUGGUACAGUGGUACCACCAGGGAUGAUUUGGGGGGCACAUGUCCUGGACCAUGCCACUGCAGAAUGAGCAGGACAGCCCCCUGCCCUCAGAUGCAGUAGGGCUAGUUUAUCACAUCUGUAAGUGAAGUGAUGCACAAUGCUGUCUUGAAGAGUUCCUUCAGGCCUGAAAUCAUAACGGCGCUGCUGAACGUACACACUACAUUCAGCAAGCAUGCCACAUAAUUCGCACACCCUCCCCACCCCCAUAGUCCAGAAGUAUCCCUUAAAUGGGAGUUUUAUAAGCAAAUGUAGUCAUAUUUGUUUUAUAUUACCGGGACAGGUCCUUUCCUUGGGACGCAACAAUAGAACGUGAAGCAAAAGCAAGUGAUUACACAACGUACUAGGUUUCUUUGUUGUGCAAAAGUUGCUGUGAAAUUACAGUGUCAGUACAUAAAUGUACAUCACAGUGCAUAACUGGCCUGGGUAUAUAUAUGCUUAAGUCGCUGAAAAUCUGUGUUGUCUGUUUCCAGGAUUUCUUUGGUGUCAGCAUGAUUGUCCCCUUAUUAAGCCUUCACAUCAAGUCUAUAGGAGCAAGCCCAACAGUUGCAGGAGUGGUAGGUGAGCACAUCAUCUAACCUUGUAAGCAAUUGGAGGAAGUGUGCCUUCCUUUUCAGCGAAAGGCUGUGGAAACCAGCCAGUCCGAAGCAGCAGGGUCUCACUCAGAAGCCUCUGGUAUAAAAAUGUGCAAGUUGUCAUUUAAGUUAGCAACAGUUGUUAAUGGACCUGGGGAUAGAAAAUGAAAGACUUCCCUAUACCCUGCUAAGCAGCCAGCAGUGAGGGCCUUUUCUUGAAAGUCGGUCUGUGACAUCACAAGGCUGGCUCUUGAACAACUGACUUACUUGAAAGCCUUUAGCACAGAGCGCCUUUCAGCAGUUUGGGUUGGUGUGUCCAGCUGAGACUUCUGGACGGAGAUAGUCUGGCCAUAGUUACCCAUACGCUUGUUACAUCCCCCCUGAAGUAUUGCAAAGCAUUAUACAGUGUGGGAGCCAGUGUGGUGCAGUGGUUAAGAGCGAUAGACUUGUAAUCUGGGGAACCGGGUUCGCGUCUCCGCUCCUCCACAUGCAGCUGCUGGGUGAUCUUGGGCCAGUCACACUUCUCUGAAGUCUCUCAGCCCCACUUACCUCAGAGUGUUUGUUGUGGGGGAGGAAGGGAAAGGAGAAUGUUAGCCGUUUUGAGACUCCUUAAAGGGAGUGAAAGGUGGGAUAUCAAAUCCAAACUCUUCUUCUUUUUCUUCUUCUUAUACACUGUGUUCUCUAUGAAAAUGGUUCUGAAACUUCAGUUAGUGCAGGUUGUGCUGACCAGAGUUUUGAUUAUUUACUUGCAUCAUUUCUUGCCAACCGUAGAACUUCUCUGGCUGCCUAUUGACUUCUGGGCCCAGUUUAAAGUGCUGGUGCUUCUUUUUAAAGCCCUAAAUAGGUUGGGACCUAAGUAUUUGAAGGAAUACCUUCCCUCCCAUACCAGCUGCCCACACACUAAAGUCAUGUGGGCAAGUCCCUUUAUUCCAGUGGGUCUUCUCUGAGCAUUACAUAGUUGGAUAUCACCCUUUGUGAUUAUCAUAAAAGAAACAGAAAGUCUAAUGACUAAACCAGUUGUCAUUUACAUUUUGCAUUAUGUUACUAGUAAGGCGGGAAGAAGCUGGGCUUAAUUAUACCAUAGGGGGGAAAUCCACUACAACUGCUGUUUAGAUAUUAAAUCUGUAAGGAAGAAUCCUACAGAGAACAUGCCAGGAAUCAUAUAAUAUCUCAGAGCUCCAUCUCUAACUUCAGAGCCAGUGUUGGAUUCUCCCUUUGGUGGAAACAUCUAACUACCACCAGAGCUCUGGCAUUGGUAGAGCCAAAGGCAGGUGGGGGGCGAAUUGGAAACAGUUUGGGGGCAUGUUGGGCAAGACCAAGAAUUGGCCUGGAUCCAAACCAUAUUAGCAACCCAGGAUGUUCCCAAACUGGGGAGAUAUUUAGAAAACUUUGUGAAUUUCCUACAGUUUCCAGUGUGAGGGAAAUGGUUGGUUGGUUGGUUUAAAAAAACAACAACCAGAAAAAGCGCAGAAAAAUGCAAAAGUGCUCCUCUGCCUUUGUUUCCACUCUGCUGAAUAGAGCCCCAAUGAGAGCUUUGUCUAAGGCAGUCAAUCUCUGGGGCUUGCCUCCCCUUCCUUAGAACUGCAGCUUGAGUAUGCUUAGUUGAUGGCCAUCACCACAGCUUAUGAUAGUGAAAUUUGUAUGUUUUAUGUGAAGAAAUGCUUCUUUUUCUCCUGAACCUAUUCCAGUAAUUUGCACUGAUGUACCUGUGCUCUAACUUAUUGAAGACGAUUUCUUUUUUUCUUUCUCACCACUGUUUUCACACUAUUUUUAUUCUCAUGUGCAAGUCAAAUUGAACUUAUUCUAAACUGCUUUACGCAUGUCAGCAUCAGGAGACCCCAAAAUCAAACCCUGAGUUUAUAACUAAGGACUCAACACAUUACAGUCACUUAAUUAUGCAGUAAGAAUGUCAGUGGUUUGCCUUUAUUGUGUUCAAAUACAUGCCAAUGAGUUUUUACUUUACUGUAAAACCUCCAGUCUACUAUACCGUUCCAUUGCAUUGCCACCAAAGAGAACUCUGAUCCGAAUUAAACUUGUCUCAUAAAUAAACCUACAAAAGUUACCAGCCUGCAGCAGCCUGCUGAUUUGUAUGCUGCAUACAGAGAAGGGGGACUUCCUUUUUCUUGUGAUUGCUUCGUUUUGUGCUAUGUUUGCUCCAUCCCUCCUCCACCAAUUUGCUCUCACAUUUGUGGAAUUCCAUGCGCUUGCCUUCAUGCAGUUCCUUGUUGCUAGUAGACAGGUGAUACGCUUCAAUGGCCUUUUUCCAAAUUCAAACAAAAAUGAUAUAUCUGGAAGCGUUUCUUUUAGUAAAAUUUAGAAACAUGCUAUUUCUGAAAGUUCUGAAAGUUCUGAAGUUUUGCUGGACACAAUUCUGGCCUUUGGUAUAUGUAACUAUGCACUGCACUUGCCCAGUACAAACUGCAUCCUGUCGUGGCCUCUUAAGAUCAGCUGCCAUCUGCCGCCCAUGUCUGAAUCAAGGACAGAUAAGUUGUGGCCCUCCAGGUUUUGUUGAACUGCAACUCCCACCAACCCUGGCCCUUGACCAUGUUAGACGGGGUUAAUGGGAGUUGCUGUCUCUAAAUCUGAUGGGCACCAUGUUGGGAAAGGUGUGUUAAAAUGGCAUUGGUUCAUAGACUGUUCCUGAUUGGUUCAAUGUUCCACGGCUGCAGAGUUCCAUUGGGCUCAAGCAGUGGAUUCAAGCUUCCCACACAAAUUUGUGGGAAGGCAACCCCACACAGAUUUGUCUGGCAUCAUAUCCCAAGUAUUGCAGAAAAUAUAAGGCAUACCUUGGCUUCUUUCAGUGAGUUAUUCAUACCUCUUCUUUCAUCUGUCUUUGACACAGACUCACUAAAUGGUGGGAUUUUUCCUAUUUUUUUAUUUUAUUUUUAAAUUAUCUAGCCGGAAGAGUCAGUGAGCCAAAGUUUGCAGCUGGAACAAGUCAGGAUAUAUUUUCCCCCUUCUUUGAAAAUCUGCAAAAGGCACUCGAUAUCUUUUUGUAUGCAACCGCACCAGCUAAAAUAGUAUUGUAUAUGCAAACAAAUGGGGAGCAGGAGAAGAGAUACCCACAAAAGAAAUUUGGCAGAACAAAUUGAUAGAAUACAUAGAACUAGUAACCAUGACCAGGAAACUAAGGAAUAAGGAUGAGUUAAAGAGAAGAGUGGAGGUGUUUUGGAGAUUAUUUUAGAGGGUACAAUAUGCAAUUUAACCUACAAGUAGGAGUUAACAUAUGAGCAGCAGAUAACAUCAAAAAAGGAAGACUUGAGAUGAUAAUGGGUGAAAUAUCAGGAUAUGCCUCAGAUCCAGAUUUCUCUAGAAUGUCACAGAGAGAUGGAUUGGGAAGUCUUAGGAAAAGAGCUAAGUGGUGGAUAACAUAAGAUGUGUGUAUAAAAGCUGGUAAAUUGCGUAAAUAAAAGUUAGAAUUGCAUACAUAAAGGUUUUUUAAAAAAGAAAGUCUAUGAAGUUAUAAUUCUACUCUGAUUUUUAAAAAUGCUUCCUUCACUUUUAGGAUCUUUAUAUGGCGUUCUGCAGCUCAUUUCCAGUACCUUAGUGGUAAGUUUGGUCACCAUUUUUAAUGUCUGGAAUAGUGUGAUGCAGUAGAUAGAAUGUUGUAUUUAAAUACAGGCAUUCCAGCUUCAAUUUCUUGUUGAACUCUUUAGCUUAUUGGGUUGCUGUGAGUAAGUCAGUAUCUCUCAGCUGAGCCUGUCCCAUAAGGUUAGUGCGACAAUACAUACAUAUGCUGUGGAAGUGAUGUGAUAAAAACUGAUCAAAUUAAAAGUGUAUUUUUUGAGUGGGAUGCAUAGUGACAGAGCUGGCAUCUAAGAGUUCCAUGGGUAGGCAAACUAAGGCCUGGGGGCCGGAUCCACCUGAAUCGCCUUCUAAAUCUGGCCCGUGGACGGUCCGAGAAUCAGCGUGUUUUUACAUGAGUAGAAUGUGUCCUUUUAUUCUAAAUGCAUCUCUGGGUUAUUUGUGGGGCAUAGGAAUUCGUUCAUUUUCUUUUUCCAAAAUAUAUUCCGGACCCUGACAAGGUCUGAGGGACAGUGGACCCCUGUCUGCUAAACAAACGUAGGGGAGCUUCCAUUGUUGUUCAACAAAUGACCACCAUAUGGCAAACUGUAUUUGAAACUCCUCAGUUUCAAAAGCAAUUUGUUGUGCAUUAUAGGUAGCCUCUUGGGCUGCCUUUACUUUUGGAGACAACAGAGUAAUUAAACCAUUACUUCAGAUUAAUUUUGAAAUUUCCGCAUGUACUUCAAAAUAAGAAGCUGCCCUUUCUGUAGCUGGACUUUACUUAUUUAUUGUUGUUACUGCAGUUCUAGAAAAUUAUCUAAUACAUCAGGGAAAUGCCAUGCGGUUCUUUAGCUUUUACAGGAUGGGGUCCCUAAAUGGUGGCAUUUAGGUUCUUCCUCCCCCCCUUAAUCCCAGCCUAUAACCAAAUGUUUAUGUCUCCCCCUCCUUUUCUAUAGCUCCAACACCAACACCAACCCAAGCAAAAAUUGCUUGUUCAAACCAGAUAUCACAAAACACAUUUUUACGUUUGUAAUCAUACCCGUGUUCAGUACCAGUCAGUGCCACUAUCUAUCUAAAAUAUCAACUUCUUUAUUUAGCUUAACUGUUAUUGUCACACUAUGUUACGAGAGUGAAAUUAUUAUCAGAACGCAUUAAUGAAAAGGGUUGAGCAACAACCCCACCCCUUCAAUUAAUGUUAUUUAUAAUUCCAUGGAAAUAGGAAGUAGGCAGCUGUGUUGACUUGAACAGGCUCCUUCUGUAUUAUCCAGGGAUCCUGGAGUGAUGUGGUGGGAAGACCUUAUUGCCUACUUGUCUGCAUUAUCUUCAGCGCAUUGGGUUAUUUUAUGCUUAGUGUCUCCAGCAAUGUGGUUUUAUUUGCUGUUGCUCGGAUUUUUGUGGGUAAGUAGCUGCUUGGCUAUUCAUACCCGAGCUCAGUUCAUCUUUCAAUCAGUAGUGGAUAAUCAUAGCAUAGUUCAUUCCUCUUACUUCUGAGAAGCACAAAUUCUGAAGAGUUAAAUGCAUUAUAUGUAAUAGAGCCAGUUAAGCACUUUUAAUACCAUUUUUCCCCAGUGGGAAAGCUAUAUUUCUCCCAUUUUAAUUAAGGGGACAAGAUUUGAAACGAGGGCCAUGGUAUGCCCAUUCUUGCUAUGAGUGAUAGAAUUAUUCAGUGUAGGGCUGUUCUUACUUUUAGGAUAGCUUUAUCCUUCAAAAAAACCUUCCUAGGGUAGCUUACAUUUGUUGUUGCCACAGUCAAAAGUUCCCAAAAUGCAACCUUUUAAUUUCAUUAUGGCGUCAUUGGUUAGCAAAGUGGGAGCAUCUUGUCCUCCAGCCUUGUAGUAAAGCUAGCAACAUUGCAAAGUAUCUCCCGCCGGCUGUUUGCUAAAGGUAUAGGAAAUCUCUAAACAAGAACAGAAACAGCAGUCAGUUGCAAAAAGUACAUCCUAGUGGGUAAAGGGCACCAGGGAGAUCCGGGUUCAAAUCUUCACUCAGUCAGGAGGCUGGUUAGUUACUUUUGGAGCUGUCGCACGCAAGCUCAGCUGAACCUUGCUCACAGGGCCUUUGUGAGGAUUUGAGGGAAAGGCAGAAUAAAAAUGCGAUAGAAACCAUGAAUUGCAAUAUUUUUAAGGCUGUUAUUAUAGUUUCAGAAUAAAAGCUAUUCGAUUUAAUUUUGUCUUAAAAAUAAUCUUAAGUAUCUGUGAUUUUCUUCUCGUAACACUAAUGCCCAACUUUAAAAUGAUCACACAAUUAGUCACUUCUGGGGAGGAAGAAGAAGAAGAGUUUGGAUUUGAUAUUCCGCUUUAUCACUACCUGAAGGAGUCUCAAAGCGGCUAACAAUCUCCUUUUCCCUUCCUCCCUGACAACAAACACUCUAUGAGGUGAGUGAGGCUGAGAGACUUCAGAGAAGUGUGACUAGCCCAAGCUAGAGAUUGAAAAGAAAAUUUUAUUGCAUUUUCAACUUUUCUUUCCUUCUCUGCUGCCUUUAUGACAUGGGUUUGACAGUUUGGGAUCUGCACUUCUCUAAGUAAAUUUCUUCUCUAAACACAUUUCUCGUUCGUUUCUAGGUAUUUUCAAACACACACACUCAGUUUCCAAAGUUCUCAUCUCUGACUUGGUUUCUGAGAAGGACCGCCUCCGAGUAAUAGGACAUUUCAACGCCGCUGCCAGUAUUGGUUUCAUUCUGGGGCCUGUUGUUGGAGGCUACCUUACGGAGCUCGAGGGGGGCUUUUAUAUCACAGCUUUCAUCUGUGCUUCCAUCUUCAUCUUGAAUGCUGGUAUGUUGCUUGAUAUUUUUCUCUUGAUGCCCCUCCUUUUACAAUAUAAAUGUUGUUAUUGUUAUCAGUCUUUUGUAUAUUUAUUGACCAACUGCAGUAGUUGCAUCAAUUACGGAUGGGGAACCUACAGCUCACAGACCCUCUCCAUUUGUCCCCUGGGCCAUUUUGGCCAGAUGAUAUCCAUUUGCCCUACAAGUAAUUGUCAGAUCUCCAUAGGCAGCAUUCUGUUGUAGCCAAUAUAAUAGAUUCAGGUAGGUAGCCGUGUUGGUCUGACGCAGUUGAAAUAAAUUAAAAAAUUGUCCAGUAGCACCUUAGAGACCAACUAAGUUUGUUCUGGGUAAAAAUCUGAAGAAGUGUGCAUGCACACAAAAGCUUAUACCCAGAACAAACUUAGUUGGUCUCUAAGGUGCUACUGGACAAUUUUUGUAUUUAUUUCCAAUAUAAUAGGUAGCAGUGUGCGCUUGGUUGUGGCAUGCAUAUAUUGCCCACAACAGUUUCUCUGCUUUGCCCCCAAAGUUUGGCUCCAUCUUACGUCGGGCCUGCGUAAUACAUUUCGAUGGGCACUAGGUUAUUUCUAGAAAACCAGCAGCACAGCCUCGAUUUGUAAAGGUGUCUCAAUUUCCUUUGCAGGUCUUUUCUGGAUACUGCUAUGGCUCGAAAAGAAAAAGCAUGGUAACGACUGGAGCAUUAUUAACCCAGCAAAAGGCAGUCCCUUACCAGUGGCAAAGCUCAGCUUGCAGAAGGACCCUCUAUCUCGCGAAGCCACAAGGAACAGUACACACCCCCAGACCUCUUGGGCUCAGAUUGUCUCUGUGUUGAAGAGGAUUCGCAGCAUUACCCGUUCCGAUCUGCGGGAUGUCUUCCUGGUACGGCUACUGAUGUCAAUCGCAGUCAUGCUUUACCAUAGCAAUUUUGUCUUGGCACUUGAAGAGAGGUUUGGGAUCAAACCUAAACUCACUGGUUACCUCAUAAGCUACAGCAGUGCGCUUGGAGUGGCUGCUGGCUUUCUGCUCGGACCAAUUACAAGACUAUAUAAGCACAACACCUACGCCAUCUUACUGCGGUCCACCAUCUUCACCUGCGUGCUCACGAUGAUAUAUUCUCUCUCGAAGAACGUAUGGGCGGUGGUCCUGUCCUCCACCUUUUUAGCAUUUUCGACCACCAUCGGACGUACUUGCAUUACUGAUCUUGAGCUGACUUUGGGGGGGGACCAGGCCAGUGGUAUGCUCAUAGGUGUCGGUCAGUCGGUCUCGGCCGUCGGCCGCAUACUUUCCCCUCUUCUGUCAGGAAUCGCCCAGGAGUUCAGCCCUUGUGGGCCUCCCAUUCUCGGGGGCCUGUUGGGAUUUAUAGCUGUUCUCAUCAUGGUCCUCAACAAAUCACGAUACACAGUCAUCAGGGGCGCCAGAGUUAAAAUGAGAUAAGCUGUUAGUGCUGCUACUUAAAAAAGCAACACAACUGAGAAAUGAAAAUGUUAAAGGUUCAGGAGGACUGUUGUUGGGACGCUUUAUAACGAAACACUAUAGCGUCAAGGAAAGAACAGUUCCCUUAUCUUUCAUCCUGACCAGUAAACUUAACAGGUAAAUUUGAGGCUGGUGAAGGGGCGUUAAUUCACACAGCUAAUAAGAAAUCUUGCUGGUUGUAGUGCAAAGGGAAAGUUGCUGAACAUUACAUCUAUUCAAAUAAUUUUAAAUUGUGAUUAAAAUCCUGGUGUAGGUAUUUUAAAAACAAGUAUGACAAUAGGACUAGAGCCUGACUCCAGGUAUGUGGUGUCAUUCCAAAAGAAAAACGGAGAAUGGAAGAGAUGUUGUCCAUUUCUGCUGUGGUCCAGUUAGAUCUCAAAAUGUGGGGCAGACUUCCUUCAAGCCUCACACAUCGUUGCCAGAAGAUGCAGGGCAAGGUUUGGACUUUCUGCAGGGCUGUGGUCCUUGUAUAUGUUUGCAGAGUAAUGAAUCUUUAGUUAACAUGCAAUUAUUAAAGGUGGUGUUCUACUAGUUGUGCCAUCUUGGUUUGGAACAAUUCUAACACUGAACACUUACUGGGGAAGGGGACCUUAAUGACAAAUGUGCUUUCGACUUGGGAAGAAUACUACCACUCAGGGUCAUCAGCUGUGGGGUUUACAAAGCCGCAGCAAAGACUCAAAAGCAGGAAGAGUCCAUAUUGGGGGUUUUCCAGGAGUUUCCUACCUCCUCCUUUGCUACAGGACAUCCUAAGCAAGUCGUUUCCUCUUUAUUAUGGUUUACUGAAGUGUUGUGUUUCAAGGAAUGCAUGUUUCCUUUAUACUUGAAAUAGUACAGGAAUGGGGAAAGGCUGCUCUCUGCAGCAGACAUCCUUAAAGGAGGCUUGUGACGGCGGCCACAUAUUUAAAAGAGAGUUUUAACUUGCUUGGCGGCAAUUUUGUUGUUGAGUUUGGGGGCUUGGAGGAAUUACCUGGUCAGGUUUGUCAGGAGCAUUGGUUUCGUACCAAGUGUAAUAAUGUGAUGUAACGUGAGAGCAUUGAAGCUGGAAUCUGUAUUACAUGUAACUCAAACCUCAAGAGCCACAAACCUUAAACUAACGGUAUGCCUUUUUGAAAACAAGUAGAUGGAGCUUGCUUCAAAAAUAUAUACAUAGGGAUGUCCCUGUUUUGUAUUCAUCCGUCUUUGAUCAGCUGCUUGAAAUAGAAACAAUUGUCCAAUCAACUCCAGCUGAAAUAUAAUGAAAUAUGGCCUGCUUUUUAGUUAAAAUGGCACUGGCACAGGCUUGGACAACUUGGUCCCACUAAGAUUAAUGCAUAUUGUAGACUGCAAUCUGAGGGAGGCAGCAAAAACAAGAAGGCUUGGUAGGCUGCACUCAUUUAAUAAAACAGAUAAGAAAAAAAGGUGAUGCAUUUACAAAACAGGCAAGAUAGAAUUGUCAUCCGUACUAAGGCUGCAAUUCUAAGCGUAUUUAUUUAGGGCCUAACUACAUAUUGCACACAAAAGCAAGGAAAUGAACCUUGAUGGCCUCACCAUCCCAAAAAGCUAGUUGGCAAGGGAUGAUGUUGAACAUUUUUUCUGCCUGCUGCUUCUGCACUCCAGGUUGCACCUCUUCCGCUUUUACUCUCCACACCCUCCAAAUGAAAGUCCAGUUGCAUUUGUCAUAAAAUUUAAGGCUAGAAUUUCAAAGCAUGUGAGAGUAGCUGUGGUGAGAUGGGGAUCAGAGCAAAGAGGUGGUGAGUUGGGAGCUGGUUAAGUACCUCUGCCCAAGCGUAGAUGCAUUCUGUUCUUAGGAACCUUUGCUUGCUUUAGUGCCGUCCAGGAAGAGGCUCAAUUCCUAGGGAAAUGUGCGUAUGAACAUUUACCUGCUCACAGUUCAAAACUGGUCUGCAAAGUUUCUUUUGAAACUGCGAGCUCAGAAAUCAAUCUUAACUACUUACAUGAUGUAGCAGAAUAAACAUUUAGGAAUCAUUUCUCGUAUCUGUGGAGCAUUCGGGACAAAGAACAUCUGUAAAAAGAGUCCCUCAGGGAUGCAUUGUACUUCAUUUGAAGGCAGUUUAAAAUGGCUUCGCAUUGUUCUCUUGAAAGUUAAGAGCUCUGGGAAUUACAUAACAAUGUUGGUAACUGGAAAUAAAAGGGAAAAGAAUGUCCACCUUUCCUGCUUGUCGUCAGUUAUUGUUGUCUAUUUGCUCAUUAUUCCAGCCAAAAUAAUUGCUGGUCUAUAAAUUGCACAUCCCACACAGAGGCUGUUCCAAACAGCUUCCAUGUGUUGAGUAUUUACACUUGUAAAGUGUUUACACUAUUUAUUAUUAUUAUUAUUAUUAUUAUUAUUAUUAGAAUUUAUAUACCGCCUUAUACCCAGAGGUCUCAGAGUGAUUCACAGAACAAAAUCAAAAUAUAAAAGCACAAAAAUAUAUAAUCGAAAUAAAAACAAUACCCCCCCCCAAAAAACCCCACAUUUUAAAGGGGCACUUGUAGAACAACUUGCUAUAUGGAUUAUCAGUUGGAGUUUUCACACCAUUACCAACCACUCCUAAGGCUGUUUGAGGUGAUUGUGUCGAGAGUCCUGUGGUGGUGGCAAACCUUGUAGUUUAGCCACGUUAUAAAUCACAAACAUUUUUGUACUAAAUGAUAAACAAUAGUUACAUCACAUGUAUAGAGUUUGGACUUCCUCACUUUGUCACUGCCUGGUUCCUCAAAUAUUAGUUUGUUAUGCGAGGCAUAAACUACCCACAUUACUCUGCAAUCUUCAAUGGGGCUUACUCCAAGGUAAGUAUGUAUAGGACUCUGUCUUCAAACGAUCAACUCUUCUCACAGAGCUUUUAAUCACUGUUAGGUGAUGAUUGAUACUUUUGUAUAAACAUGAAGUAUUCUGUGUUGGUACAGAGCAAACUGAAAAGAAAGUUGUGUUUUGUAUCUUCCAACAGAUGGCACUAGAGAUUAGGUAUUACUUCAGCAGUUCUGCUUUCAAAGCAUCCGUAAACUUACUGCAGCACAAACCCAGGAAAAACUAGCCAUUUUACCGCCAAAUAAAGAUGUAUUAUGCUAUUAGAACUGCUUGGGAAAUGUUUGUCAAAAUCAAAUUUUUUCAUAGCCCCAUCCAGUUUAUGCUUCAUUUCACACUUUGCCAUUCUGUAUAUAUAUCUUUUCAUUUAUUAAGCAAAUAUAACUGUAUUUUCCGUGAAAUAAAAUCCAGAUCCAUAAAACCUACUGAGAGGAUCAAAUUCAAUUUUGAAGUCAAUAAACGAAACAAUUUUGGACUGAAAACAACGUAUUGAGGUGACUAUCCAAUCAUGA